AUGUCGUUAGGCGACGUUUCGAGGACGAAUGGAGACGUUCCAAACCCAAUGACGACUCCAGAUCAGGAUGCUAUUGAACAAGAACAGCAAAACGCUCAAGAUGGCACGACAGAGUCAACUACAGACGCGACUGCCCCCUCAAAAAAGUCCUCAAAGAAGGAACGACCACAAGUUCAAGCCUCGACCUCAGAACAGAAUAUCGCCGAGGCAGGCGCAGGCGUUAAGCUGACAGGAGCCGCCCUAAAGAAGCAAAAGGCUGCAGAAAAGGCUGCCAGAAGAGCAGAGAAAGUUGCGCUCAAGGGUGCCGAUCAGAUACAACCUGAGAAGCCUCAACAGAGAGCGGACAUACAACAGCAGAAACCGUCACAAGCAGAAACUGCCACUAAGAAAGAUGGCGACCACUUACAAACACCAACACAGCACCAUAAACGAAGAGGUUCGAAUCAACCUCCUCUGGAACCUGGCGCAGUUCGAAUUCCCUUCCGACCAGGCCAACAACCAGCAUCCACUUCUCAAUCACAACCACAACCACAGCAGAAACCAGCAGACAAGCGAGUCCCUAUGGUAUCUCACCUUUACCCCUCCGCCAGACCAGCCAGUCUGACGACAGCCUCACGCGAGAUUCACCCUUCGGUCCUCACACUGGCGCUUCAUCUCCGAAGCCUUUCCCUGGCAGGUUCAACGGCUCGUACUCUCUCCCUUCUCUUGACCCUCAAACGUGUAAUUCGGGCCUAUACUACUCCCCCUUCUACCGCUCUCUCCCGACAUUUGACCAUCCACCUCUCUCAUCAGAUCACCUUCCUGUCCUCCGCCCGUCCUCUCGGUGUCGCUCAAGGCAAUGCAAUCCGCUGGCUCAAAAAACUCAUCUCUCAACUUGAUCCAGACCUCGAUGAUGCCGAUGCAAAACGUUUCCUCAGUGACGCCAUAGACGGUUUCAUCGUCGAGAAGAUCACAUAUGCCUCAACCAUCAUCGCCGAGCAAGCCAGCGAUCGUCUAUCCCAAACAGGCGAAACAAUCCUCGUCUACGGCAAAAGCAGCCUCGUCGAGAAAACUCUCCUCCACGCCGCAAGAAACGACCACAAGAAAUUCCGCGUAAUAGUCGUCGAUUCCCGCCCACUUUUCGAAGGACGAAAUCUCGCCAAAUCACUCCUCAGGGCCGGCAUGCACGACGGUGGCGACCUAUCCAGCUGCGAAGUCGUCUACACUCUAAUAUCCGGCCUCAGCAACGUCCUCGACCAAAACACCGUAACAAAAUGCUUCCUAGGCGCCAGCGGUGUCCUCGGCAACGGCACCCUCUAUAGCCGCUCCGGCACCGCCAUGGUCGCCAUGAUGGCCCGCCAACACAAAAUCCCCGUCAUCGUCCUCGGCGAAUCCAUCAAAUUCACCGCCAAAAUGGUCGUCGACUCCCUCAGCAUGAACGAGAUCGGCGAUCCAGACGCUCUCAUUGAACGGGAACAAAGCCAUGUCUUCACUGACCUCAGCUCACAGACCGCUACUAAACAAGGCGAGAGCCAGAACGCCAACACUAAGAAAGGCCCAACGAAGAAGAAAGAAGAAGACCAGAAAGAACAAGACGAAGCACACGCCAAGAAUAACGAGUCGUUGUUGUCUGGCUGGCACGACCAGCAGGGUCUAUAUCUGCUCAAUCUCAUGUACGACGUCACGCCCAGGGAAUACUUAGACAUGGUAAUAUGCGAAUUGGGCACGUUGCCACCUGGAGGUGUGCCGGUGGUUAACGGUGUGCAUGGGGCUGAGGAAUGA